AUGCCAGCCGCUCACCCUACCAAGUCCGCUUCAACAUCCGCCAAAAGUAAGGAACUCGACGUCGUCACCAACGAAGCCCUCCUUCACCACGACGAAGCCUCGCGCCUGGCCAAGUCAUGGCUAGCCAGCGCAUACUCCUCGGACGACAACGAGGAAGAGCAAGAUGAUUUCGAGAAGACGUUGGCAAAGAAUUCGGGCCAAUACUCAGAAACAGGUGGUCUAGGCUACCAAGAACCCACCAAUUCCUCAGGUGCAGCCACGCGCGGGACUGACCCGGCAACGGCAUUCUUACGCAAGCAACUACUCGGUCGCAGCCAGCGUACCACCGGUCAUAACCAGCAUACAUCCGCAAGACCGCAAUCCCGACGUGGCGCACCCAAGCGUGAUGACAGCGACGAUGAAGACGAAGGUCGAUCCGGACUAGGCAGAGGGAAAGGAAAAGCAGGCAAGAACAGACCCGCAGAAACAAAGACACCCAAGAUUGCCAGUCCGAACAACCCAGCAAAUCAUGCGGACACAAGAGCAGACGCUGGGGAAGGCCAGCAGGAAACCACAGUCCCUGCCCCCAAAGCUGCCAAGAAACGUGGUAGCAGUUACCUCGACGAAGUCCUAGCAUCUCGAGCCGCGAAGAAGAAAAAGAAGUUCAACAAGGAUAGCGCCGAUUGA